AUGUUGCGCUUUCAGGCCUCUUUGCCUCGGUUGCCUGUCCCCACGCUUGAGGAGACAGCGAAACGAUACUUGAAAUCCCUCCACCCUCUACUGUCUGCCACUGAGUAUUCGAAUAGUAAGGCUGCCGUCGAGGACUUCAUCAAGCCUGGAGGUAUUGGCAAUAAGCUCCAGGACAAGCUCGUUGCGAAGCGUGAAGAUCCAGCGACUAAGAAUUGGAUCUACGAGUGGUGGAACGAUGCUGCUUAUCUAGCAUAUCGCGAUCCUGUUGUACCCUACGUCAGCUACUUCUACUCUCACCGUGAUGAUCGCAUGCGCCGAGACCCAGCCAAGCGGGCGGCGGCCAUCACUUCGGCCGUCUUGGAGUUUAAGAAGCUUGUUGACAAUGGCUCCCUUGAGCCAGAGUAUAUGAAAAAACUCCCAAUUUGUAUGGAUAGUUACAAAUGGAUGUUCAAUGCCACCCGCAUUGCUGCACGUCCUACUGACUAUCCUGCCAAGUUCUCUUCUAGCGAGAAUAAGCACAUUAUUGCCAUUCGCAAGAAUCAGUUUUUCUUAAUCUCCCACGAAAUUGGUGGCAAACAACUCAAUACUGCAGAACUAGAAAGGCAAUUCCAUGAAGUCUACCAAGCAGCGCAGCGAGUACCUGCUGUUGGCGCCUUGACCUCCGAGAAUCGAGACGUUUGGGCCGACGCUCGCGACCUACUGGUGCAAACAAGCGCCAAGAACAAGGAAGCUCUCCGCUCCAUUGACUCGGCUUCAUUCGUUGUUUGCCUGGACGAUGCUUCUCCCGUUACCCUGGAAGAGCGAGCCCAUCAAUACUGGCAUGGUGAUGGAGAAAACCGCUGGUAUGACAAGCCUUUGCAGUUCAUUGUCAACGACAAUGGAACGUCAGGGUUCAUGGGUGAGCACUCCAUGAUGGAUGGCACGCCAACGCACCGCCUUAAUGACUACAUCAAUGAUCUCAUCUUCGGCAACAAGAUCGAUUUCUCAGACCCUUCUAUCCGCUCCGAUCUUCCUGAACCGCAGCUUAUCCAAUUUGACAUUACCGCACCAAUCCAAGCCGAAAUUGACCGUGCCGUCACUGAUUUCCACACCGUCAUCAAUCAGCAUCAACUAGCCGUACAAGCAUACCAGGGUUACGGCAAAGGUCUAAUCAAGAAGUUCAAAUGCUCCCCUGAUGCGUAUGUCCAAAUGAUUAUUCAAUUGGCCUACUUCAAGAUGUAUGGCAAGAAUCGUCCAACGUAUGAAUCUGCAGCAACCCGUCGCUUCCAACUUGGCCGAACAGAAACCUGUCGGACAGUUUCAGAUGAAUCCGUGGCGUGGUGCAAGUCUAUGUCUGACCCGUCACAAGAUGAGCAAACACGAAUAAACUUGUUUCGCAGGGCUAUCGACGCUCACAUUGAGUAUAUCACGGCCGCAUCUGAUGGCAAAGGCGUGGACAGACAUCUGUUUGGUCUAAAGAAACUUUUGGCACCGGAUGAGGAGGUUCCCGCCAUCUACAAAGACCCCGCCUUCAGCUACUCCAGUUCUUGGUACCUGUCAACAUCCCAACUCAGCUCAGAAUUCUUCAACGGCUAUGGUUGGAGUCAAGUCAUCGACGAAGGAUUCGGCAUUGCCUACAUGAUCAAUGAGAACAGGCGAGUGUGA